AUGAAAUUGAGAAUUACUUUCCUUUUAGUUAUCUUGAUUUUAGCUGUAGCUACUUCAGCUAAAAAAUCUCUAACUAAAGUUAAAAAAGAUGUAUACCCUACUUUAGAGCCCAUUUUUGCAUUUAUUGCAAAUUUAGACUCUGAGGAAGAAGAUGUAUUGUCAGAAGAUCCUAUUGGUUAGGCCUUAUAUCAUUGCAUUAAUACCAAUUAUUAACCAUGGGAUCGUGAUCACUAAGAUUUCGUCCAUCUUGUUGAUAAUAGAUGCUAACAUUUUGAUCGUGAGGAGGAUGUAGUAGCUUUCUAUCAUAAUACCCUCAACUGUGUAGAGAAUAUUAGUGCUCCAAGAUAAUCUGUUAAAGUAUAAUUCGUUGCUACUAUUUAAUGCGUGUUUGAUCAAUUUUGCCAAGUAUAAAAAUAAGAUCUAAUUUGGCUUUAAAAGAAAAAACCUUCACUUAAAUCAUAAAAUAAAUUGAAGAGAAGAAGAGUUUGA